AGACUUGCAUGCAGGCAUCAACCUAGUUCCUCCUAUCUUUUCUUUGAGUAAAUUGACUCACCUCUGUGUUACAAUGUGCAAAAGUAAGUCAAGUAACAAUCCAGGCUGCAGUCACUUCAUGUGGCGUCAUGAGUAGCUACACACCUACCGCCAUGUCAACACAGCGGAAAUUUGAUCUUUGGGCGGAUUGUUUGGAAGUGAACUUACUUCCCUCUUAGGAGCUGUUACGCCACUAUGCUGAAAACAGGCAUGGUGCGACUUUAGAAGUGGACUUAAAAGUGGGUUUGUAGCUGCUUUUCUGUGUCAACAUGGGUGACUCUGACGCGACAAAGGCCGCUGCUCUCAGGAGAAGGGCGACUUUCGCGUCGAUGAGAAGUGCCACCGUGCAACCGGUGAACGGAAAGUCUGCAGCCGAGGACCAGCCGUUACUGCCCGUUGACAUCAGCAGCUUCAGUGGUCAGGGGAAACCCGGAUCUUCGCCGGAGUUAGUUGGCUUUAAAACGAAAAGUGAGAAGAAGACCCGGAAAAAUGACAUAGGUGACAGACUAAGCUGCCAUAAGACCCGGGAGUCCCUGCUGAGUUCAUCCAGCGGUUACAGUAACUACAGAGGAAUCCUCAACUGGUGUGUGGUUAUGCUGGUACUAAGUAAUGCCCGCCUCUUCUUAGAAAACCUUUUAAAGUAUGGUGUCCUGGUAGACCCAAUCCAGGUGGUUUCCUUGUUUCUGAAUGAUCCAUACAGCUGGCCAGCAGCAUGCCUGAUAAUCGUGUCCAAUGUCUUCAUUGUGGUGGCUCUCUACACAGAGAGGCAGCUGUCCAAGGGUUCAUUCUGUGAACUUGUGGGAUUUCUGGUCCAUUGCAUAAACCUUACAAUCAUGCUAACAUUCCCUGCUGCAGUGGUCCUGCUGGUCCCCUCCACGACCCCAGUUGGAGGUGCGUUUGUUCUUGGUACUUACACCAUCCUUUUCCUGAAGCUGUACUCUUAUAAAGAUGUCAACCUGUGGUGCAGAGAGCUGAGCACCAUCAAGGCUAAGAAGCUGGCCAGAUCACUGUCUUGCCCCUCAGCACAGCACCUCAGUGGAGGUAAAGUGUGUUAUCCUGGCAAUCUCACCAUCCGAGACAUGUACUACUUUGUCUUUGCACCCACUCUCUGCUACGAACUCAACUUCCCUCGCUCUCCUAAGAUCCGAAUGAGCUUCCUGCUGAGGAGGCUGUUUGAGAUGAUGUUCUUCAUACAGCUGUUAGUUGGUCUUACUCAGCAGUGGAUGAUUCCCAUAAUUCAAAGCUCCAUGAAGCCAUUAAAGGACAUGGAUCUGUCCAGGAUGACUGAGAGACUUUUAAGAUUAGCUGUUCCUAAUCACCUGCUGUGGCUCAUGUUUUUUUACUGGUUCUUCCAUUCAUCGAUGAACUUUACAGCUGAGCUGCUGCGCUUUGGAGACCGACAGUUCUACAGGGACUGGUGGAACUCAGAGACAGUGACAUAUUUCUGGCAGAACUGGAACAUCCCUGUACACAAGUGGUGUCUGCGCCACUUCUACAAGCCACUGCUAAGAAGGGGAUUCAGUAAAAUAGUCAGCCAAUCAGCUGUCUUCUUCUUGUCAGCUUUCUUUCAUGAGUACCUGGUGAGUGUUCCUCUCAGGAUGUUCAGACUUUGGGCCUUCAUGGGCAUGAUGGCACAGCUUCCAUUAGCCUGGUUUGUUGGUACCUUCCUGCGUGGUAACUAUGGCAACGCUGCAGUGUGGAUCUCACUCAUCAUUGGUCAGCCUUUCGCCGUCCUGAUGUACGUCCACGACUACUACGUCCUGAAUUACACACAGGAGACUGACUGAUACACAUGCACAGCUUUCUCUGGAUUGUCCUGAGGUUUUUGUUGGGCUCACUGGUACAUUAAUAUAAACAAAAAAGUUCAGUAGCAUCCAGGAGUUAAAGGCAAUGAGCUUUUUAUGUAAGGAGAUCACAUUCUGAUUUUCCUGUUUAUAUUAGAAAAAUCUCUUAUUUUAUCUGCCUGCAAGAAACAUCCGGAAGCUAGAAAAAAAAAAAAAUUUAAGUGUAGAAAAAAUGUUUUUAAACUGUUUCAAUAUAAAGAGGAAGGUUUCACUUCUUUGUUUAGUGAUGUUAUAUCAUGCGGCUUCUUACUCAGGAGACUUUUCUUCCAGUUUCUAUUGAAAAUGUUUAACGACCAGUUUGACCUGAAAUUUUUCCACUGAGAGGAUACACAACUGUUUGUGGUACUUUGAUAAUUUUCCAGUUAAAGUUGUAUUCCUUUCCAGCUGUUUCUUUAAAGACAUGUAAAGCUGAUUGAAGUUCUUUUGUUGAAGUUGUGUCACACAGUAUUGAUCCUCUGUUAUUUUUUCUUCCUUUUUUCCAAGGCAGCCUCAAUGUUUCCUCUUUUACUGUAAAGUUGAACACCACUAGCAAACAUGAAUGUAUUCCAGGUAGGAUUUCACUGUUAAAGUGCAGUUUUUUAAAUUUGUAUCAUGUUUUAUAGUGCUAGUAAUGCUAGCUGCAUUGCAGUAUGUUAGUAGCAGUAUGUUUUUUAACUGAGGUGCCAUUGCAGAACAAACAAUCACUUAAAGCAGGCUAUGUAAAAGUCACUGAAUUGGUGUUUUUUAUUUGUCAUGAUACUCUUAGUUGGUCUGCCCCAGGGUGAUGUUGUCUGAUUAAUUUUGAAAUUUGUAUUGAUAAAAAACAUUUCCAGAGGGGUAUUCCAUGAAAGUGGAUAAAGGGUUAAGCCUG